AUGAAGGUGCUCCAGGCGAACCUCAACCACGCCCGCCAGGCCCAGGAUCUUUUCCUUCACAGCCUGGCGGAGCGUGGUUGUGGACUCGGAAUCGUGGCCGAGCCGUACCGUGUCCCCAAGAAUCCGUGCUGGGUGGGGAGCACGGACGGAUCGGCCGCGAUCGUAUGGAGGAGAACGGGAGAAAGAACCCCCCCUAUCUCCAGACUAAAAACGGGAGAGGGAUGGGUCGCAGUUGAGAGGGGACCCUUGGUCGUGAUCGGGGUAUAUAUUAGACCCAGCCUCUCCAGGGCGGAAGUGGAGGCCCGACUCCAAGACCUGGAGGACGUGGUCCGGGAAUAUCUUCCUGGGCCAAUACUGGUCGCCGGGGACUUCAACGCCAAAUCGGCACUUUGGGGUUCCCGGCGACCGGACGCCAAAGGGGCGGAUGUGGAGGCCUGGGCAACUCGCCUGGGCCUUCACCUGGAAAAUGUAGGGGCGGUUAGCACCUGCGUGAGGCCGCAGGGGGAGUCAAUCGUCGAUCUGACGUGGACCUCCCCUGCGGCCGCGAGGAGAGUAAGAAAAUGGGAGGUCGCGGAGAGCAUGGAGAUGCUAUCCGACCACCUCCCCAUAGAACUGGAGCUCUCCUGGGAGGACAGAAGGAGGGGGGCGCAGAAGCAGGCUGUCAGGUGGAGGGUUGAUAAACUGGACACCGACAAACUGGUAGAGUCGCUGGGUGCGGCGCUAUGGGCGUAG